CUUAUAUGCUCUGUAUGUGAGGGUUAUAGGGGUCACCGUAGAUGUUGUUUAAGGCCAGCCGACAGCACCUGAAUGUCUUAUAUGCUCUGUAUGAGUUGGUUUUAGAGACGAUGUAUAGUUACCUCAUCAAGAGCUGGAUGGUGAUAUGUGUGUUUGUUUGGCUAUCUAAAGAUUCUAGCGCUGAUGUUUGCUCCAGGGCAGAGACUUUGUUUCAGUCCACCUUUCCGGGUACCGAAGAGUUCAGCACCGACGGCAUAUCUCAAGAUUGUUAUUCAUCCCACCUUUCGUGUACGGAGAGUUUGUUAAAGAGGAAGUACGGUUCAAAUAUGACGUGGGAUAAGUUGGACGCCCUGCCAGCCGAAAAGUUCACCCUAACUGCGCGUUGUGAGAACGGCAAUGUCAUCGAUGUCGGAUGGAAACUGCCGCAAUUCAACGGUGUGGAGGCAAUCAAAGGUUUCAUAGUGACAGUCGCAAUGCCAUAUCACCACUUCAGAUGUGUGGUCAUUCUGCUGAAGGAGAAGGUGAAUGGAAGCAAUCUCAAUUCUACAUUCUGGGGCUUUUUCGGAGCGCUUAGCGAUCAUGAAGAAUACAGGGUGUCGUUUAGAACCCUUCCCUCCAAUGGAAAAUUGAACCAAUACCAGGACAUACACACUUUGAACUGCGACAAGCCCAUGUGUCCCCCACCGGAGGGUGUGGUGAGCGAGUAUAACCAUGGCAAUAGGACCCUCUUUAUCAGCUUCCAACCUGGAGAGCCUGGAGAUAUAGUUUACACAAUGGUGUUCCGAAGUUCCAUUGGUCAGUACUUUCGUCUGGAUUUAGGAACGGCUACAAAUGGCACCCUGAAUGGAGUCGAACCAGGAAAUUACACUUUAUGGAUCCGCUGUGGGAUGCUUUGCCCGGGAUGCAGAUACAACAUAACAGCACCGGAAGCAUCUUUCGUUACUACUACAACGACCUUUGUUGGCACGGACAAUAGGACAAAAGAUUCAACAACCGUGUCUGAAGUGAGUCUGCCAAAUCGUGCUGAAAAUAACAAAGGGAUGAGUAGUCUUCUUGUGGUCAUCUGUGUGUCAGCCGUUGUUGCUUUAGGAGUCCUCAUUGCAGUCUCGUAUUCGUGUUACCGUCGGAAGAGAGCUACGCCUACAUUCGGUGAUGCAGACAAGAACUACCUCAUCAUCGUGGAGAAGGCCGAACCUCCAAGUGCAAAGCCAUUGGUGGACCUGCUUCAUGCGCAGUUUCAUCCGGCAAUAAGCGUCGUCCACAGUGUUGGGAAAGAUCCUUUAAAGCAGCUGAUUGGUGGAUUAACCCAUAGACGCCGUGUCUGUGCAUGUUUCCCGAUAGGUUACGAGCAACUAUUUUUGCAUUGCAAGGAAACAAACAUUUUAAUAUGUGUUUUAAAUGAUGGAAGGUUACUUUCGUUCUUCGAUAAGGUUUGCACGAUAUGCCAAGACGCUCACUCGGAAAACAGUUGUUUGAAAUUUAAAACAGUAGCUGUACACAAUGGUCGUUUUGAGGGACCUCGAAAUAUUGACAGUUAUCAGUUUGGUACAGAUCAUAGCAAACUAGAAGAAACAAUCGCCCAAUAUUUUGACAUGGACUUAAACAAAACUUUAAAUUGCGAAACAUCAUUCUUACAAUUGCCACCAGAACAUUCGAGCGUUCAAAACGGAAAAAGAAAGAAAUAUAGUGUGUUUUCAAACACUUCAUCCAGUGGCUACAGCGAUGCUAAUAGUGCGUUGUUAAUGUAUCGGCAAACGAGUCAAACGACGCAAUUAUCUCUGAAUUCCACCCCAACAAGUGCUACGCCAAGCAAUAUAUUCACAUUACAUCCUGGUGUGCUAUAUCCCCAAAAGGGGUUACCAAUAUCCAGACAGAGACAACUAAGUGAUGCGAGCGCGUAUUAUAAUAAUGCAAAUCCGGAGGCGUUUGAUUUCAUCCCCCCAGACGAUACGAUUUCGUUCGAGUCCAACUUCGACGAGGACGACGAGGACGACGAGGACAAUGCAGAGAAGAAGGAUAACGCAGAGAAUCAUAUGUUAAAGGAUUACCCCGCAAACAAUGCAUCAUGUGUUGACCCAAGUAAUAUAGAACACAUCAUGAAUAAGAUGGUCGCAUUAGAUGCAAGAUGUUCAUUUAUAUGAACGUAUAAGCACGAUUGACGUAAAGAAAUCCAGUACUUUAUAUUAUAUUAUAUAUAUGUUAUACAAGUCGUUUUGGCGACAUUCGGAAAUCAUUUAAUCGAAAAAACUGAGUGGUUUUAAACGAGGUUCUGAGUCGUUUUAGCGAGUUACGAAGUUGUUUUAGCAAGUUACAAAGUUUUUUAAACGAAAUAUGUAAGUCGUUCUUAAGAAAAGAAAGGUUCGCCGAAGAAUGGUCAAUUAGUACCUUUGUUAUUUCCUACAAGAGAAACGUGUGUGCCUCUUUCUUAAUAUGUUUAUAUUAAUAAUAUAAACUAGUGUUGCGACAACAAAGCAUAUCUAAAAUAUCUACCAUUGCUAUGACCAUUACAAGUAUAUGUAUGAUAAUAAUUGUUCUGACGAUAAAGCACAUCUAUCAUAUAUACCAUUGCUCCGACGACAAAGCAUGUCUUUAAUAUAUACCAUUGUUAUGACAACAAAGUAUAUCUAUGAUAUAUACCAUUGAUUUGACGACAAAGUAUAUGUGUAAUAUAUACCAUUGUUAUGACGACAAAGUAUAUGUAUAAUAUAUACCAUUGUUUUGACGACAAAGUAUAUGUGUUAUAUAUACCAUUGUUAUGACGACAAAGUAUAUGCGUAAUAUAUACCAUUGUUUUGACGACAAAGUGUAUGUGUAAUAUAUACCAUUGUUAUGACGACAAAGUAUAUGUAUGAUAUAUACCAUUGUUUUGACGACAAAGUAUAUGUGUUAUAUAUACCAUUGUUUUGACGACAAAGUAUAUGUGUAAUAUAUACCAUUGUUUUGACGACAAAGUAUUUGUGUAAUAUAUACCAUUGUUUUGACGACAAAGUAUAUGUGUUAUAUAUACCAUUGUUUUGACGACAAAGUAUAUGUGUUAUAUAUACCAUUGUUUUGACGACAAAGUAUAUGUGUUAUAUAUACCAUUGUUUUGACGACAAAGUAUUUGUGUAAUAUAUACCAUUGUUUUGACGACAAAGUAUAUGUGUUAUAUAUACCAUUGUUUUGACGACAAAGUAUUUGUGUAAUAUAUACCAUUGUUUUGACGACAAAGUAUAUGCGUAAUAUAUACCAUUGUUUUGACGACAAAGUAUUUGUGUAAUAUAUACCAUUGUUUUGACGACAAAGUAUUUGUGUAAUAUAUACCAUUGUUUUGACGACAAAGUAUUUGUGUAAUAUAUACCAUUGUUUUGACGACAAAGUAUAUGUGUUAUAUAUA